AAAAAAAGUAGCCAUUUACGUUUGCGGGGUUAAUAAGGUUUAGGUACAGGAUGAAGCUUGAGGUUGAAGUGAUUUCCAAAGAGAUUGUUAAGCCAUCCUCUCCAACCCCAGACCGGCUUUGCCGCUACCAACUCUCUUUCCUUGAUCAAUUAACUCCCACAAUCUAUAACCCUUUGAUCCUUUUCUACCCGGAAAUAUGUGAUACCGAAGCCAACAAAAUCAGGACUUCCGAUCAGCUCAAGCAGUCCAUUUCCAAUGCCCUGACCUAUUUCUACCCGCUAGCUGGACGGAUUAUGGAGAACCAGAUGUUUGUAGAUUGCAAUGAUGAGGGCAUACCGUUUCUGGAAGUCCGAGUCAAAUGCCAACUUUCAGAUGUUAUAAAGAAUCCUGUUCCUUGUGAACUUAACAAAUUACUUCCAUUUGAAAUAGAAGAUGCCAAAGAACCUCCCCUGGGAAUCCAAUUCAACAUUUUUGACUGUGGAGGACUUGGGAUCGGUGUGUGCAUUUCUCACAAAAUCGGCGAUGCCGUUUCAUUUUUCUCGUUUGUGAAUACGUGGGCAGCCAUUUCUCGUGGGGAGAAGAAGUUAGUUGCCCCUGAAUUUGUGUCAGCCUCGCUUUUCCCACCACGGAACCUUUCAGGGUACACACCAAGCAUCCGCCAAACAAAAGAACAAAUUAUAACAAAGAGGUUUGUGUUUUCUGCGUCCAAAAUAGAGGAAAUCAGAGGAAAAUAUUCUGACAAUGCUAGCUUUGAAAACCAAGCACGCCCAACUCGCGUCGAGGCCUUAUCAGCUUUCAUCUGGAGCCGUUUUGUUGCUGCCACUGAUAUAAGAUCAAGACCCGAUACGUUUUGCUCAAUUUUUCACAUGGUAAAUUUACGCACAAGAAUUGACCCGCCACAGCCAGAAUAUUCAUUCGGAAAUCUUUAUAGCUUUACAAUAACAAUUCCAUCCAUGGACAGAGCUGGAGAAAGUAAUUUUACUAACGUCGUUUCCCAAAUGAGAGACUCCAUAAAAAGAGUAAACAACGAGUACGUGAAGAAGAUCCAAAAUGGAUAUAAUCACUUUGACUCUAUCAAAGAGAUAGCUGCAAGCUCUGCCAAAGGAGAUAUGAUUUCCUUUACUUUCACAAGUUUAUGCAGGUUUCCUAUGUACGAAGCUGAUUUUGGUUGGGGGAAACCCAUUUGGGCAGGUUCCGCAGCUCGAGAUAUCAAGAACGUGGUUGCUUUCAUGGACGCCGUAGCUGGUAAUGGAAUAGAGGCUUGGGUUAGCCUAAAGGAGGAAGACAUGGCAAAAUUUGAAUCUGAUGAGGAAUUGCUUGGAUAUAUUAAUGCUCCAAAAUGCUUUUAAAGAUUAUUACUUCCUGUGUUUGCGUCCAGGCUUAAAAUGAAUGCUGUUCUCUUUGUUUGCUAAAGCAUUGGUUUCAAUUCACGUUUGCCUGUUUCUAUAUACAGUUUUACUAUAUAUCAAGUUCUUUUCGUUUCUCAGUUCGAGGUUAAUUUGGAGGAUGUGGAGCAAUGUUAAGAAAGUAAUUCUUUUUCUUUAUCAUUUCUAUUAAGAAAUCAAGUUGUUGUCGGUUUAUGAAUUCAGGAAAAAAAAAAAACUGUGGAAUCAGUCAGUGUGAUGUGAUUCAUGUGCUUGAAAGAAUCUAAAUUAAAUCUUUUUGCCCAUAUCUCUUUUCUGGAUCUGUUGUGUUGUUCUUUUAUCAUCGGGCCGCCUGUUGCUAGAUGUUGUCAAUUUGGGGUAGUUAGCUUUGUGAUUAACGGAAAAUUUCCUUGGCAUUUUAGGAUUUCUGGUGUCUAUUUGCUGUUAUGACAGUUGAAUAGGAUGAAAUUAAUUUGCUCUUGUUUUUAGUAUCGCUUUAAUUUGUGUUAUUCACCAACCACGUCAACAGCAUAAAAAAAAAAAAAAUAGAACAUGCAUGAGCAUUCUGAACCUUAUACUUUGU